UUCACCACCUGCAGGUGAGGAGUGGGAGCUCAAAUCCAGGUCCUUGUGCAUGAUAAUAUGUGUGCUUAACUGAAUGUGUCACAGCUCAGCCUCCAGGAUUGGCUUCUUCUAUCUAAACUUUAAGAUGCUGAGCUCCCCACCUCUACCCUUCCUGCCCCAUCCCACAUGCACAGCUCAGAAAAGUUCUGUGAUAGAUUAGUGAUGUCUACCCUGGAUACAGGCAAAGACAGAGAUGCACACAGGCCUCACACUGACAUUCCCUGAAGCAGGUGUUCACUCAGAAGUCUUAUAAGAGCAGGACUUGACCUUGAGGUAGUGAGAAUCCCAUCCUGGAUUUCUAAGCAAGGGCUGAAUGGCUGUAGGCCUGGGGGGAGGGUGCAGGUUGUAUCUCUGCUUCUCAGGGCUGAGGUGUGUGUGUGUGUGUGUGUGUGUGUGUGUGUGUGUGUGUGUGUGUGUGCGCGUGCACAUGUGUGUUUGUGACCAAAUGGGAUCACAAGGCUUUUGGACCAAGUUUAAUCUUGCUCAGUCUGGCCUUGAGGACUGAGGGAGAAGAGAUUGUUUCUGCUUCCGUUAUCCAAACUGGGAGCUAUUUUAUUUUAUUCUACUUUAUUUUAUUUUUUCAUUUUUAAUGACACCAGAGUAGUUUCUGGGGCUCAGUGCCUAUAUGACAAAUCCAUUGCUCCUGGCAGCUUGCUCUUUCUCUCUCCCCCAUGUUUCUUUCUGUUUUUUUUUCUCUCUCUUUCCUUUUAUUUUUUAGAUAGAAAUUGAGAGGGGGUAAAGACAAGAGAGGAAGAGAGAAAGAGACCCACAACACUACUUCACCACUCAUGAAGUUCCCCCCCUAUAAAGUGGGUAGCAGGGGCUUGAACCCAGGUUUUUGGACAUGGUAAUGACUGCACCACUCCCCAGCCCUUAAAGACUUUAUAACCCUGGGUAGUGAGUGAUUCAAACUUUCUGAUAUCCUGUUUCUUCAUCUAGAAAAUGGGGGUAAUAGGCAUAAUGUUAUUGCAUGGAUUAAAAUGAUUUAAUGAGAGUUCUUGGAGCAGUGCUGUGCUUCUGCCUUGGAAGGGGUCCUGGCCAGCUGAAAGGCCUCUAAAGGAGACCCCCCUCCACUUGCCCUUCUGGUUACUGCUUUCUUAGCAGUUGACACUGUGGGGCCCAGGCCUUGCCCUGGUUUCCUCCCGGAUGUCAAUGAAACCUGAGGUGACCAGAGCCUCAGGGACUAGGCAUGGGGUGCCCUGCUCCAUCCGGAGGCACCUCCUGGUGACGCCUGGGCCCCACCUUCAAGUCAUGUGGAUGCUGCCUUUAAAAGCUUCUGAUUCAGACCCUGCAGUGCUGGGAGCAGGCUGGUUGCUGAGAGACUGUGUCUGCAGGGCUCCAGCUGCUUGGAGCACAAGCUGGAGCAGCCAUGACCCGCUGGACAUCCCUGAAGGUCCCCAGGCCAGACAAACCUGUCCCCUCUCAUCCGGUGGCUUCCCGCAGGCAUCUGAGUGCCCCAGCCCUGGUGACUACACCCUGGAGGGCCCAGAAAUCUGGGAGUGAGACAUCUUCCCAGCACAGUCCCAGGGCUCCCUGCCCCUACUGGCUCCCUGUCUCCUGGCCCAGGCAGCAGCAGCAUCUACCAUUAGGGCCUCAUACCUCAGCUCCUCAGACCCAUGGAGCUGCACCUCCUGGAGCAGGCCUAGGGGUGAGCCAGGGCUCCCCCAACCCCGGGAUGACCACGGCUGGCCGGGCCAACCCCUACAGCAUCGUGUCAUCAGAGGAAGACGGGCUGCACCUGGUCACCAUGUCGGGCGCUAACAGCUUCCGCAAUGGCAAGGUACACACUCGGCGCCGCUGCCGGAACCGCUUUGUCAAGAAGAAUGGUCAGUGCAACAUCGAGUUUGCCAACAUGGACGAGAAGUCGCAGCGCUACCUGGCUGACAUGUUCACCACGUGUGUGGACAUCCGCUGGCGCUAUAUGCUGCUCAUUUUCUCACUGGCCUUCCUUGCCUCCUGGCUGCUGUUUGGUGUCAUCUUCUGGAUCAUCGCUGUGGCUCAUGGGGAUCUGGAGCCAGCCGAGGGCCAGGAGCGUACUCCUUGUGUGAUGCAGGUGCAUGGCUUCAUGGCAGCCUUCCUUUUCUCCAUUGAGACACAGACCACUAUUGGCUACGGUCUGCGCUGCGUGACAGAGGAGUGCCCAGUGGCUGUCUUCAUGGUGGUGGCACAGUCCAUUGUGGGCUGCAUCAUCGACUCCUUCAUGAUCGGAGCCAUCAUGGCCAAGAUGGCUCGGCCCAAGAAGCGGGCGCAGACGCUGCUCUUCAGCCACAACGCUGUGGUGGCGCUGCGUGAUGGCAAGCUCUGCCUCAUGUGGCGUGUGGGCAACCUGCGCAAGAGCCACAUUGUGGAGGCCCACGUGCGCGCCCAGCUCAUCAAGCCCAGGGUCACAGAGGAGGGUGAGUACAUCCCGCUGGAUCAGAUUGACAUUGACGUGGGCUUUGACAAGGGCCUGGAUCGCAUCUUCCUGGUGUCUCCCAUCACCAUCUUGCAUGAGAUCGACGAGGCCAGCCCACUGUUUGGCAUCAGCCGACAGGACCUGGAGACGGACGACUUUGAGAUUGUGGUCAUCCUGGAGGGCAUGGUAGAGGCUACGGCCAUGACCACACAGGCCCGCAGCUCCUACCUGGCCAAUGAGAUCUUGUGGGGCCACCGCUUUGAGCCAGUGCUCUUUGAGGAGAAGAACCAGUAUAAGAUUGACUACUCGCACUUCCAUAAGACCUAUGAGGUGCCCUCCACACCCCGCUGCAGUGCCAAGGAUUUGGUGGAGAACAAAUUCCUCCUGCCUAGCGCUAGCUCCUUCUGCUAUGAGAAUGAGCUGGCAUUCCUGAGCCGUGAUGAGGAGGACGAGGCAGAUGCAGAGCAGGACAGUUGCAGCCCUCAGGCCAGGCAUGACUUUGACAGGCCCCAGGCUGGGGGCAGCAGCAGCACCCUAGAGCAGCGACCCUACAGACGGGAGUCAGAGAUCUGAGCCACCACCACCAGCCAAGGUGCAAAAUCUGCACCACCAGUCAGUCGCCAGUGUCCCAUAACGAGGACCCUGGUUGGAGCAGAGGGAGCCAGACAUCCCGGCUGCAGACUCAGUAGAAAUUAGAUGUUUUAGGUUUCCUCGCAAUGGCCUCAAUGUGUUGGUGGGAGAGUGGGUGGCCGGGAGUGGGCGGGCAGUCCUUGGCCUCAUGCCAGAACAGCACAGGGGCAGGGCGGUAGCUCCAGGUGACUCAGCCUCCAGAGCUUGGGGUCUUUUGCCUGGAGAUGGAGCAGCAGCCAGCCCAGAAACAGCUCAACAGCGGGUUGCAGUGCACCUUGCUGGUUUUUAAUUUGGGGAGAAACACUGGGUUUUUGGCUUUCUCAACCUUAGCUUGAGUAAGACUGUUUACAAAUACUACUAAUACUACUACUAAGAAAAACAUGCAGUUGAAAAAGAAAAGUUGAAGUCAUGAAGACUUGGGAAUGGGAAGGACAGUUAGAAUUCUGUUGGUCUGUUGGGACACAGACAUCUGGAUAGAGGCUCCAGAUGGGUCCCUGGGGCUGGGCUGACUUGUGCAGGUGGCCUUGCUGUCAGUGCUUGCUCACUGUUUUCUGUGAUCCAGGGCAAAAUAGACUGCUGUUGGGGAAAGGGAACCCAUAGUCAUGUUAAUGAUCAUAAGAAAAGCCUUGCAAUGCCAUUGGGUAGAGCAGGAACUGUGAGGGAAAAUACAGUUUGAGCUUUGGUUGCUGGAUUUUACCCUUAGAGGUGCAUCUCAGGCCUGGACAGGAGCCUGCCGUGGUCCCUGGAUUUUCUUGUUUGGUUUCUCUACCCCAUUCUGGCCCCCACUCCAUCUACAGUGAGGGCCAGGUGUGAAAUGUAGGUGUAGACCACUCCCAGGAUGGGGAGUCAUGUUCCUAGGUUACGAAGAAAUGGGUCAGUCUCUUCUCCAGGGUGCCCAGCAUGAGUUGUGCCUUAGAGACCCUGGGGGUUUGGCUCCAGUAGUCUUUGUUUUUAUGGAACUUGCCCAUCCAUUUUCCCUGCUAUCCUGCUCUACCCGAAGUCAGUCCCUGCUAGCUCCUCUGUCUGCAAAAGCUAGGCAGAGCUUCUGUCCCACUCCCUCUGUCCACCCCCACCCCUCAACCCCACACCUGGAAUAUGUAGGUGACCCCUGGUAGGCUGUACUCUGCUGCUGAAUGGAGAUCAGUGGGCUCAGGCAAAUGACAGGUGUUAACCUGUACCUGGCUCUGUAGUCAUGAAUCUGUGUUUGUGGGAUGCCUUUGUUAAUUUUGAACAUUGGCUCUCCUGGCCCAUGGCAGAAUUCUAGACCAGGAACAGCUCUGAGAAGCCUUGUUUUUGAUAAGCAGCUGGUGAGACCUUGCCCAAUGUGGGGCCAGAACCUCCCCAGGACUUGUCCUUCGGGCAGCCAGUGGUUUGAAGGCCCAUGUCCCUCUGUUCUCUCAUCUAGGCCAUUCUAACUUGUAACCCCUUAAAAUGGCUCACAACCAGAAGGAACACACUAGGGACUCUCUCACUCAAUUGUGACUGGAAGUAGAGUAUAAGGUCUUGUGGCCAUUUGAUGAGGAGGAGAAGGAGAGUCCUUAGGAAGAAGUCUCUGGAAGCCUGGGCCUUUGGAACAGCUGGUCUCUCAGUUCCCACAGGGAUGCCCAGGCCCAAACUCUGAGCUAGAAACACUCUUGGAGACCUCCCAGGAUCUGUUUUGUGUCAGGGGAGCUUCUAGCCCUAGGUUUCUUUGCCACCUGCUGGCUUUCUCAGCCUUAGCCCUAAGGGGGUUGGGGGAUACAGCAUUUAUGUGGGGGUGCUCCCCUAUCCUCUCCAACUGUUAACACUACCCAGAUCGUUAGGCUGAGCUUGGGAAGGUUGUACAGCAGGGCCUGUAUAGGGUUUCAUUUUCCUCUCUGCCCAGCAGCCAGAGGCUCUUCCAGGACCAGCCUUUCACAAAUAGCCACCCAGAGCAAAGGUCAGGCCCCCACAGCUUCUGAGGCCCUGGCCAUCUCAGGUGACCUGGUGCAACUCCUCUCAGCUCUCCCUCCUUCCCCCUUCUCAUCCCCUACCCCCAGCCCAUGUGGUUCCAUCUCAACACUGAACGAUAUUCCCUCUCACCAAAGGCACAUACUGUGUUCUCAAGCUCCUCCUUCUCUUCCCUCUUUCUCUUCCUCUGUGUCUGUUCGUUUAUUAUUUAUUUAUUUAUUUAUUAUUGCUUUGCUAAAGACCAAACUAGUCUUCCCUUUAGUGCACUUGAAACAAGAGGGUGGAGUAGAGGAGUCACAUAUGUGAAGAGCAAGGACCACAGGUGAGCCAGUACAGAGGGCAUUUGUGUUUACCUGUGGUAUGUGGGAGCCUGUUGACCCAGCAGUGGGCAGUAUGUAUUUGAAGCUAGGGGAGAAUGGGGCUUUCACAUGUAUGUACACAUGUGGUGUGUGUGUGCAUAAGGUGCAGUGGAAGGAAGAGUCCUGUCUUGCACCUGCCCUCAUUCUCCUUGGUGAAGGGAACUCUCCAGAGUUUUCCUGAUAACCUGAAUCAAGCAGUGAAGAGAGCCUAGAAUUUGUCAAGGACACAGCCUCAGAUGCCCACCACACAGAGAUACUGGGGUGGGCCUGACUCCUUGUUCCUCCAGCCCCGGCCAUGGCUCAGGUCUGUACUGUCAGCAGCUGCACACACAUGUGAUCCCUUCUGGGUGUAUUCACAUGUGGAGUGGUUUCAACUGUGAGUGAAAUGGACAAGCUGGGCCUUGCUUUGUAGGUGUGCAGCAUAUGGAGCACAAGUGUGCACAUCCUGUCACCAUUCAUAUGUGCAUCAUGUAAUUGUAUGUGUGUUUACCACAGGUGUGUUUGCGCUUUGUAUGAGGGCUUAGUUUAUAGGUUUACCAAGUCUUAAGGCUGGGAACACCCCAGUCAGGAUGGACAGGGGUGGUAGACAUCUGUAUAGCUGAAGCCAAGAGUCUUCCACCCUGUUGUGUCCAAUGGGCUGCGUGUGAGGCUUCUAUGUGUGUAUCUAGGUGCAAAGGGAUAUCUGCACAUGGAGUGCAUGAUAUCCCAGGUAGAGUGUUUGCACCUGCAGGAAGGCAUGUGUGUGUCUGCCUGUGUGAACAUGUGUGUGCAUUUGUGUGACAGCUGGACCAGGUCUGGUCCCUGUUUGCUGAUGGUAGGCUGUAUGCAUGUGUGUGGAGUCUCUGAGGGUGUGUGAACAUAAGUGUCAGUGGGUUGAAGUGCCCAUAUGCAUUAGUGGUGGCUGUCCCCCUCUCCCUGUGCUCUGCUGGUGCUGUGCCACUGGGCCCCUGCCUUCCCGAGGGUCCUGGAGGAGGCAGGCCUGGUGGGAAGGAGGCCUCUCCCUGCACAGGAGAGUCUGCCCUUUGUGAGGCCAUAGAAUGUUAAAUCUAUUUUAAAUGGUGAAACUGGAAAAUUUUCAUGUUAUUUUCAAUAAAUAGUGGUAUCUAAAGACA